UUUACAAUGUAUAUAGUUGAGAUGAUGAUUUUAUAAUAAAUCUGAAAUAAGGGUUGGUAUUCCUGUAAGCUAGAGUUGCUUGAGUUGCUUGGCCAAGCUUGACAUUGACACUCAAUGCAACUCAAUGGAUCUUCUUGUGUUGUACAUACAUACGUAUAAUGUAUUUACACCAUAAUUUAAGGAAUAUACUUUUUCUCUGAGGAUUAUCAACGAUUUUAUCUUCAUUAUGAAACGUUCGAUAACUGACGAAAAUGGAGAAACAAAACGUUCUUUUGUUAAGCAAGAGGGUAUCAAUAUUGGAUAUGAAAGUACUUAUCCUUCUUAUACUUCAGCUUCACCCUCGCCUGCGACCGUCACACAACCCUUGCCAGGACAACCCCCAUUACCACCUAUGCCGCCUCCUCCUCCUAGUGGUGUUCCACCACCUCCUCACAUAUUUGGACCAGUGCCUUCUCAAGUUACACCGAUACAAGCAUGGACACAUCCUCCUACACCAUGGCAAUGGAUAACACCACAAGCAUCCCCUUUACCACCUCCACCCCCACGCGAAAUGACUGCCAGUUCAUUUCAAAGAGACUUACCUCUACGAGGUAAUUAUAUGAGAAGAGAAAGAUUUACACAUGCUAAAAGUAAUAUAUAUAUUCAAAGAAAUAACUUUCACCGUAAAAAUAGAAGGCUUGCAAGGUAUGGACAAACUCAAGGUCAGUUUGAUCAAGCAGCAUACUUUGGCACCACAUUGAGCAAUAGUCUAGGCUUAGAAUGGCAAAGAAAUAGUUAUACCACGUCCACAGGCGAUACAAUUAUGAAUCACAUGCCUGUUCCUCUCCCUAAUCAUCCCUUACCUCCUAUACCUCCGGGGAUAUUGCCAAAUAGGCAUGGAGAAGAGACUACGGACCAGGAUGUUAAAACUGUACUGGAGGAAGUUGUAGUCAAAAAGAAUAAACAAAGGAAACCUAUGUCUCAAAGUUACCCUAGUCGACCAUGGAACAGAGAAGAUGCGGAGAGAGCUUUGAAAAUUGAAAAUGAAUACAAUAAAACAGUGAAAGCUCAAAGCUUAAUAAUAAAAUUUCCAGAUCCUGAUUUAAAUAAGGAUAUCGUCAGGGAAUUCCAUCCUGGCAUACAGAAUAUUCAUUUUCAAAGUCCUAGUGGCCCUAGAUACUGUUUUAUACAGAUGGCGGAAAGUGUUAAUAUCGACGAGGCUAUAAAAGAAUUAGAGAAAAUACCUUUCGGUGUAGGUCACUUAAAAGUUGAACGAAAAUCAUUAAGGGAUGAAGAUAAUCCGAUGCCUGAAGAAAUAGAUCCUUACACAUUAUACAUAGGAAAUUUACCGGAAUCUGUCAAUGUUAACGAAGUUAAAAGUAAAUUUCCUACGGCUGCCCGAGUAGAUGUAGGAUACGCUCAGAAAAUGCGAAAUACUCGGUAUGCUUUCAUAAGGUAUAAUAGCGUAGACGAAUCCAUAUCUGCAUACAAACAAGCACACGAUUUAAUGUGGGAUACCAGAAGUAUCAUUGUUAGAUUUCGAAGGCAGCGUGGUAAUACUUGUCUUCCCGGGGAACCUAAACCUAACGUGAAGAAAGUUAAAGAAGAACCAAGUAAUAUCUCGUCAACGAAGAAAGAUCAACUGUUAAAUCACGUGGAUAAAAAUAUAUCGGAAUCGAAAACUGAUGUAGGAAACAGAUUACAAGACAGUUCGAGUAAAAUACAGAAUAAUGCAUGCUCUCAGGUUCAAGAGCAGAAUGUAAAUUUACAAUCCUCAUCUUCCCCUACGCCGACUUCAAUUGCACCUGCCAAGUCGGCGCAGCAACAGCAGCAGCAACCAUGGACUGCUCAGACUCCUCAGAUACCAUCAGCAUCUGAAGCUCCGCCGCCAUGUUCGACUGAUGGAGAGUCGAUUAAGGAAACGACAAUGCUUACAGAGAUUAAAGAAGAACCAGAAGAUUACGAAGAAAUGGACAUGGCUUGCAAUAUACGAUCUGAUGAUGAUGUUGACGAUGACGACGACGACGAUGAUGUAGAAGAGGAUGAAGAUGAUUCAGAUGAUAAUGAUGAGGAUAAUGAGGACGAUUAUGAAGAAGAUGACGACGAAGAAAUGAAUGAAAACAGAAGCUUAUCAAUGAACAAUAAAGAAGAUAUUCCCAAAGAUAUUCCCAACGAGCCAUCCGAUCAUCUCGAUCAAAUGUUUAGCGAGUUAGACAACAUGGCCGGAGAUAUCGGUUUUUAAUUACAUUUAAAAAAUUGACCUCACACCAAUUAAUA